CCAGAAUGUGACGGUGGUUGCCACAGGAACAGGAGAAGCAACGGUCAAAAUGGUGUCGUUGUAUUACGCUCUGCCUAAAGAAAAGGAAAGUGACUGUCAGAAGUUUAACCUGUCUGUGCAGCUCAUCCCAGAGAAAAUGGAUGAGGAUGAGAAGACAUACAAGCUGAUAAUAUUGGUUUUGUAUAAGGACAAGGAGCGAGAUGCAACAAUGUCAAUCAUAGAUAUUGGCUUGUUAACUGGCUUCACCAUUAACAUAGAUGACCUGAACUUAUUGUCAAAAGGACAUGCCCGCACCAUUUCAAGGUAUGAGAUGAACACAGUCCUGUCAGAAAGAGGCUCACUCAUCGUAUACCUGGACAAGGUUUCUCACACACGACCAGAGGAGAUUGCUUUUAGGAUCCAUCAAACACAGAAAGUGGGCGUCUUACAACCAGCUGCUGUAUCUGUCUAUCAAUACUAUGACCAACAACACAUUAACC